GCCAGUGGAGAUGGUGCUGUUGCUACCACGUGCUGUCGCGAUAAGUCGAUAGCCACAGCUUAGGUGGUGACUGUGUUUGCCCUUCGCGGCAGUAUGAUGUAACGCCCGACCAGUCAUAGCAGCGACUGUGCUGGAUUGAAAGAUUACAAAGGAUCGUGAUAUUCAUCCAUGACUUCGGAUGAGAUUUGCUUUUCCAAUUUUCUCGCCGGGGCAUCUCCUUCGGUUUGGUCUGUCUCUCCGUGUCACUAAACCCAUAAUUUUCUAAACCUCAACAUGCCCGGAAAGAUUCGCAGCCUACAGCAGAGUCCUACCCGGACUAACAUCACCAAAUUCACCAACUGUAGACUCGUGAAGAGUGGAAAACUUGUUCAGGAAGACCUCUGGAUCAGCUCCCGCAGUGGCAAGAUACUUAACGGACAAGAAGUCUUUUACAACCAGAGGAUAGCACCGGACCAUGUUGUCGAUUUGGGCGGCAAGAUACUCUCGCCAGGCUUUAUUGAUGUUCAACUAAACGGGGCCUUCGGCUUCGACUUUUCCGUCGCGCCGGAGAAGUUGGCAGACUACGCAAAGGGUAUGAUUAAGGUCAACAAAGGGUUGGUCAAGACAGGUGUCACGUCGUACACGCCUACGAUUGUGAGCCAGAAAGCAGAUAUCUAUCACAAGGUUCUUCCCUAUCUUGGACGCUCAGGAUCCAGAAGACUUCCACGAGAUGGUGCCGAGUCUCUAGGCGCCCAUCUCGAAGGCCCAUUCUUGAACCCACUCAAAAAUGGCAUCCACAGCAAGACUAUACUCAAAGCUCCAGAAAACGGAAUGGAUGACCUGAUUGAUUGCUACGGAGCAGCCAACCUGGAAAAAGGCAGCACGCCUGUCGCUUAUGUAACAAUAGCUCCAGAACAGCCUGGUGCACUCGAAGCCAUCCGCGAACUCCGAGCACGCGGAAUUCGCGUCUCCAUCGGACACACUGCGGCCGACUAUGAGCAAGCACAAGCAGGUGUCGCUGCCGGUGCAACAAUGAUCACACAUCUUUUCAACGCGAUGCAUUCGCUCCAUCACCGCAACCCGGGAAUGUUUGGUCUUUUGGGACAAGGUGCAGAUCCUUCGAACCCAAAACCAUACUUCGGUAUUAUCGCAGAUGGAAUUCACCUGCACCCGAGUGCCAUCAACAUAGCGUGGAAUGCCCACCCCGAGGGCUUCAUUCUCGUCACGGAUGCCAUGGCCCUGGUCGGCCUACCAGACGGCAUCCAUGAAUGGACAAACGGGGACCGAAUCAUCAAAAAAGGGUCCACCCUCACUCUCGAGGGUCACGAGGGCAAGAUUGCGGGAAGCAGCAUCACGCUUAUUGAGUGCGUGAACAACUUCCUUUGCUGGAGCGGCGUUGGGGUUGCGCAGGCGCUGGGUGCGGUGACUUCCACGCCGGCGAAGAUGUUGGGCAUCGCCGAUGUGAAGGGUUGCUUAGAAGCUGGCGCAGAUGCCGAUCUUGUCGUGCUGGACGAACUAGUGGAAGACCAUGGUCGGAAGAGACUUGUAGUGGAGCAGGUUUGGAAGUUCGGCGAAUGUGUCUUCGAUGCUGAAACUGCUGACGACUGAGGAGAUUCGUUACGAAUUACUUUGCGUGGGUGCGGGUUCUCAGUGCUUAUUGAUUAUUUGGAUGAUUAUCCUUUGUCCAGAUUGUUCAAGAGAGUAGUUUGUUCAACUACUGGUUCCAUUACUACUACUACUACUACUACUACUAC